UCACGUCUCUCCCAUCUUUAAGACGCAACCGGAUUUUGAUUUCCUUUUCGAGGACGAAUUUGCAUGGGGGAGGGGAGGAAAACAGACCCAUCUGAGUUGACCACCUGCAAUUCCACGUUCAUCUCCUCCGGCCUUGACUCGGCCGUCUUUGUUCUCGAAUGUUUCAUGUUUUUUGGGCUCAUGGACUUUUGACCGAAACCACGCGAGGGGGAGAACGUUCGAACGUCAUCGCCUCUGUUUCCACGAUGUUUCCACCGGCGGCUUCGUAUUAAGGGAUCCAACUUUGAACGCCGAGGCUUAGUUUCAAAGAGCUUCGUUCUGCGGGGGGGUCUUCGGUUUUCGUCGAUGGAGAAGGUGUGGGUUUGGUGCUGCUAUGGAGUGUCUGCGAUCAUCUUCAGCGUCUCUUAUGCUGUCUCCGUCUUGUUCUUAGCUAUUGUCGGAAGUACAUUGGGAGCGUUCACGGGAGUUCUGCUCGGCAUGAAAAGCCAGGGCAGCCUCUUCUCUAGGAUGGUGGUAGGAGCUGUUGCAGGCAGCGUGCUGUCGAUUAACACCUUCAAAACAUCCGUUUCCAUCUGGCUCUCUGAUGAUGGUUCGUUCCACGACGUUCUUCAAUGGACUGAUUCGACGACAGAACUUGAUGCCGGAGAAUUAGUUCAACGGUUCCUUUAUAAUCUCGCCCUGUCGAGAAUAGAGCAAACUCUAGCACAUGCCGACAACAUGAUCAGCGAAAUCACAGUAGACCGCACCAAAGUAUCGAAACAUUCAUUCGACAGGAUUGGCAGGAUCAGAAUAACAGAGGACCACUUGAUGGAUUCUUCAGGAAACAGAAACUCCUGCUCGAUAUGCCUUCAGGACUUCGAAUGCAAAGACGUGGCGAAAAGACUGCCUAGCUGUCGCCACUUGUUUCAUCUGCGUUGCAUCGAUAAGUGGAUUUCCAAGCAGAGGUCUUGCCCUUUAUGUAGAAGUCCCAUAGUUCGAGUGAAUUAAUCUGGUUAUGCAUUCUUUCGUUCAAGUAGUUUGAACAGGUCGCCCAUUCUUUCAUUGAUUCUUGGUCUAUUGUAACAUUGCCAAACUCUGGUCAAUAUGCUUAUAAGAGAGCUUUUGCAUUCAAAAUGCAACACCUGUAAACAAUCCAAACAGAAGGGUCAUCAAUUGUACUUAGACACAGCUCCCUUUAUAUGUACCCGUUGUUAGGACAAGCUAAUAUGUCCAGACUUGUCAAAGAUAUUCAUGGACUUUGCUCUAGCAA